AUGGCCCGAGGCACAUUCGGACUCACGUCCUCGCGAGGGAGGGGACGCGGACGCGGACGUGGCGGCGCGCGGGGCGGAAACGGCAACGCGGAUGCACCGGCACCACAGAGGGACGAGGAUGGAACGCAGCUGGCGGAGCGGUUCGAGCAGGUUCGGGCGAACGACGAAGUCGACGAGAAGCUGGGGUUUGCGCGCGUGCAGGAGGGCGGGAGGCGGGAAGGGUGGCUGGUCAAUAUGCAUCCUACAUUGAUGAAGGACCCCGAUUAUGCCGGUGGAAAAGCUGCCGUUGAUUUCUAUUUCAUACAAGACGAUGGUGGGAUGUUCAAGGCAACCCUGCUAUACGAGCCUUACUUCAUGAUUGCGUGCAAGUCGGGCAUGGAGAACACCAUCGAGGAAUGGCUCAUGAAGAAGUACGAAGGGCUCAUUGUCCGCAUCUCCCGCGAACGCAAACAGGAUCUCAAGGUUCCCAACCACCUCGUCAACCCCGGCCGCCUCUUUCUUCAGCUCUGUUUUCGCAACGUGUCCGACCUCCUCACUGUCCGACGGGAGAUCGUGCCGCUCGCGCUCGCCAACGGCGCCAAGCGCGACGCUGUGGACGCGUAUGCCGAGGUCGUGAACGCGACCGCCAACGGCACGGGCUCAAUGCACCUCGAUGUGGACGUGGAUAUGGACGAGAUCGACGGGUACAACGCCCCUGGCGCGCGCGACCGCGAUCCCCGUGAAGGCAUCAUCGACGCGCGCGAGUAUGAUGUGCCGUACUACCUUCGUGUCGCGAUCGACAACGACCUCCGGGUCGGGCUCUGGUACGCCGUCACGCUGACCGCAGGCCAGCCGUCGUUCGCGGUGCUCCGGGAGCGGGUGAAGCGCGCGGACCCCGUCGUGAUGGCGUACGAUAUCGAGACGACGAAGGCGCCGCUCAAGUUCCCGGACCAGGCGACGGACCAGGUGAUGAUGAUCUCCUACAUGAUCGACGGCCAGGGGUACCUCAUCACGAACCGCGAGAUCGUGAGUGAGGACAUCGAGGAUUUUGAGUAUACACCCAGGGAAGGGUACGAGGGCCCGUUCACGGUGUUUAACGAGCCGGACGAGCCGAGCACGAUCAUGCGCUGGUUCAGGCAUGUGCAAGAGGUCAAACCGACGGUCAUGGCCACGUUCAACGGCGACUUUUUCGAUUUCCCGUUUCUGUGCGCGCGGGCAAAGGUGCACGGGAUCGACAUGUUUCAGGAGAUCGGGUUCGCGAUCGAUAAUGAGGAGGAGUUCAAGAGUCGGAGCUGCGUGCACAUGGACUGCUUCAGAUGGGUGAAGCGGGACUCGUAUUUGCCGCAGGGGAGUCAGGGCUUGAAGGCGGUGACGACCGCAAAGUUGGGGUACAACCCGAUCGAGUUGGACCCGGAACUCAUGACUCCGUACGCCCUGGAGCAGCCGCAAGUGCUUGCGCAGUACUCCGUGUCCGAUGCGGUGGCGACGUAUUACCUGUAUAUGAAAUACGUUCAUCCGUUUAUCUUCUCCCUGUGCAACAUCAUCCCACUCAACCCCGACGAGGUGCUGCGCAAAGGUAGCGGAACGUUGUGCGAGACCUUGCUCAUGGUGGAAGCCUACAGAGGGCAUAUCAUCAUGCCUAACCGACAUGAAGAAGAGCACGGCAAUAUGUACGAAGGGCAUUUACUAGCCAGCGAGACGUACGUCGGCGGACACGUCGAAGCUCUGGAGGCGGGCGUUUUCAGGAGCGACAUCCCGACGCACUUCAAGAUCGAUCCCACAGCGGCACAAGAGCUGAUUGAUCAGCUCGACGCCGCCCUCGAAUUCUGCAUCACCGAAGAGUCGAAAGCGUCCCUCGAGGACGUGACAAACUACGACGAGGUCAAGGGCCAGAUUCAGGCCAAGCUGGAGGAGAUGCGUGAUAACCCGCUCCGGAUGGACAAGCCCCUCAUCUACCACUUGGACGUCGCCGCCAUGUACCCCAAUAUCAUGUUAUCCAACCGGCUCCAGCCGGACUCGAUCGUCGACGAGGCGACCUGCGCCGUGUGCGACUACAACCGGCCGGGCAAGACCUGUGACCGCAAACUCACCUGGGCGUGGCGCGGAGAGUUUUUCCCCGCCCACCGCGACGAGUUCAACAUGAUCCGUCACGCGCUGAACCAGGAGAGUUUCCCGCCGAAGAAACCCGGUUGGCCCCAGCGGCGAUUCACGGACUUGAGCGAGGCGGAGCAGACGGCGUUAAUGCACAAGCGGCUGGGCGACUACUCGCGGAAGGUGUACAAGAAGACGAAGGACACGAAGGUGGAGGAGCGCGAGAGCAUCAUCUGUCAGCGGGAGAACCCGUUCUACGUCGACACCGUCCGCACGUUCAGAGACCGCCGGUACGAGUACAAGGUGCUCCACAAGACGUGGAAGAAGAAUCUGGACAAGGUGGCGGCAGAGGGAAAGGGUAUCGCAGAGGUGGACGAGGCGAAGAAGAUGAUCGUGCUCUACGACUCGCUCCAACUGGCGCACAAGUGCAUUCUCAAUUCGUUCUACGGCUAUGUCAUGCGCAAGGGGGCGCGCUGGCACUCCAUGGAGAUGGCGGGAAUAACCUGUUUGACGGGCGCGAAGAUCAUUCAAAUGGCGCGCCAGCUCGUAGAGAGGAUAGGCAGGCCCCUUGAGCUGGACACCGACGGUAUCUGGUGUAUGCUGCCUGGAACAUUCCCCGAGGACUUCAAGUUCAAGCUCAAGAGCGGAAAGCCAAUAGGUUUCUCGUACCCUUGCACGAUGCUCAAUCAUCUCGUUCACGCACAAUUCACGAACCAUCAGUACCACGACCUCGACCCGGAAACGGGGGAGUACAAGGUCCACAGCGAGAACUCCAUCUUUUUCGAGCUGGAUGGCCCGUAUAAAGCCAUGAUCCUUCCCAGUUCGAAGGAGGAGGAUAAGCUCCUGAAGAAGCGAUACGCGGUUUUCAACGACGAUGGGUCGCUAGCGGAAUUGAAGGGGUUCGAGGUCAAGCGGAGGGGCGAACUGCAGCUCAUCAAGAUUUUCCAGAGCCAAAUCUUUGAGAAGUUCCUGUUGGGCACGACGACUCAGGAGUGCUACGCGGCGGUGGCGCAGAUUGCGGAUCGUUGGCUGGACGUGCUGUACAGCAGAGCAGACGAUUUGAGCGACGAGGAGCUAGUCGAACUUAUCGCGGAGAAUAGGAGCAUGAGCAAGACGCUGGCUGAGUACGCUGGUCAGAAGUCGACGUCGAUCAGCACUGCGAAGAGGCUGGCCGAGUUCUUAGGCGAUCAGAUGGUGAAGGACAAGGGCUUAGCCUGCAAGUUCAUCAUCUCGCAAAAGCCGAUGGGGGCACCUGUGACGGAGCGUGCGGUGCCUGUCGCCAUCUUCUCGGCGGAGGAGAGCGUCAAGCGCACCUAUCUCCGGAAAUGGCUCAAGGACAACAGCCUGGCGAACUUCGAGCUGCGGACCAUCCUUGACUGGGAUUACUAUAUCGAACGUCUCGGCUCGGUCAUUCAAAAGCUCAUUACCAUUCCCGCGGCAAUGCAGAAGGUGCCGAAUCCCGUACCCCGCAUCCGUCACCCCGACUGGCUUCAUCGGCGUGUGAUGGCCAUCGACGACAAAUUCCACCAGCGCAAGGUGACAGACUUCUUUGCUAAGCCGCCCGCCGAAAGUUCAACUCAGCCGAUGGACGUGGACAUGGAGGACAUCGGAAGUGCGAAGGACCGCUCCGACCGUCCGCGCAUUGCAAUCGUCAAUCGCAAGCCGCGGAAGAAACAGCAGCGAGAGGCCACGCCCGAAGAAGUCAGGAAACCGCUCCCAAAUCCGUCGAUCAGCUACUCGGCGUGGAUCAAGGCGAUUAGGCCGCGGUGGAAGGAGAAGCUUCAAGCGCGCUGGGGCUCUUCAGGCUCGUCUUCUGUCGUCGCGCCCGCCAUGUUCCGCGGCGCGAAGGUCAAGACAAACCGGCGUUGGGAUGUCGUGCAUAUUCGCCCAACGAAGAUCCCUGGACGGUUCAUGCUGUGGCUCAAUGUAGAUGAGCGACUUGUGCCUAUCCCGCUGAGGAUUCCUCGGGAGUUUUACAUCCAUACGAGGACGCCGCCGAAGGAAGGUACCCUGGUCAGUGAACUGUGGACAGCUGAGAAGGUGGUGCGAGGACUUCCGCGAGGAGCACCGUGCGUCAAUUUGUACAAGAUCACUGCACGAGAAGACGUGUACGAGGAAUGCCAAGAGCAGUUCAUCGAUCUCACGAACGAUCCGAAUGUCGAUGGCGUCUAUGAGUUGCAGGUUCCUUUGAUUACUCGGGCGCUUAUCAGGCUUGGCAAGACUUGCACUGUCACCGACCCUAGUAUGACCUUGAACCGAGCCCAAGGCACGGGUCUGGACCUUUAUCAACUAGAACGCGCGGAGGAACCUACUUCAUCAGAGGCCAAGUACCUCGACAGAGGUCGCGCCGGGAAAUACGUCUUCUUGUACCAUGCAAUGGCCGCUACCGCACCGGUACACGUCUUUGCCUUGUUCUUCCCCGACGGUCCGGUCAGGCUUCACGUCGUCGAUCCUGCCACUCGUCGUCAACCAAUCUCUCGGCUACCCGAGACCUACGUCGAAUUCCUGAAGAAGCGGGAACAAACCCUGGGCAAAAGCAUCUCCAUGGAGUACCCCGUAUCUCGCGAGUUUACGACGACAUAUCACGGCAACGACGUGACCGCGUUGAAGGCCAUAUCGCGCGAGCUCGGCUUGAUGGAGAAUCGAUCGUUCACCGUAGUCAUCUCGUCGUUGAAGGAUCAAGCUUACUUCGAUGCGAAUGUGCCGAGGCUAGCCAAUUUUCCCGUUUGGACCAUGCCGCAGGCCAAGUCGGCUCACUCCUUGGACGUCUUCCCAUGGCAAUCCAGCGUGGCGCAGAAGAUGGUCAUUCGUUACCUGACGGUUGCAAGCUGGAUAGACGCCUCUGUUGCGCUCGCCACCUACUACGACGUCCCGAUGGGGCAUGUGGAGGGCGACCAGCCAUUAUUACUCGCGGACAUCGAUUUUGCUCGUCGGUUGACAAAGGAGGACCUGGUGCUGUGGUGGUCGCCAGGAGAUCUUCCUGACCUGGGCGGAAUACAGGACGAUAAGAGGCCGUCGGAGCCCCUUCCUGGCACCGAGUUCCUUUCCCCCGGAUGCUAUUUCAACGUCUGUCUGGAGAUCGAAGUCCGGAAUCUUGCGGUGAACGCUAUCCUCCAUUCCGUCAUCGUCAACGAGCUGGAAGGAAGUGGAGGUGCGACGGCAUUCGAUUCUACCUCCCAUACCUUGGAUGAGUACGUGGGCGGCGACGCUCAGAGGGACCUGACUCUCGGCGAAUCCAACGUUUCGCCAAAGACCUUCGGUAUACUGAAGGCUAUGGUCAAGACAUGGCUCUUGGACAAAAUCCAGAACAAUAUCUCGCCCUCCUCUUUGACUAUCGAUCACUUCUGGCGCUGGAUCAGUUCCAGUGUUUCCCAUUUAUACGACCCAAGCAUCCACCGCUUCGUUCAUGGGUUGAUGCGGAAGACAUUCAUACAACUGUUGGCUGAGUAUAAACGCUUGGGAUCUCAUGUGGUUUACGCCGACCUCAGUCGCAUCCUUCUCGUGACGUCCAAGCCUCCCGGUACGGCCGAUGCUUACGCGACCUACAUCAACACCGCCGUCCAGUCCAACGAACUUUUCCAACACAUCUGGCUCAAAACCGAACGUUUUUACGACUUCCUCCUGUUCAUGGAUCCUGCAAACCUGGGCGGCGUCGUAUGCGAGAAUCCGAAAGCCGUUGAACCUCCAGAAGAGAUCGUCAUCGAGAUGCAGUGGAAUAUCCAGAAUUUCCUCCCUCCCGCCAUCCAGAAAGACUUCGCCAGUAUCGUGCGCUACUUCAUGAUUGAACUGUACCGCAGCCGUCAGAAGUCGGACAAAGUGGCGCGCACUCCACUUCGCAUCCUCCCGAAUGGUGCCCUCGACGCCACCCAGAGGGACGCGGCCAAGGUCAAGGAGAUGGAGCUCACGCGAGAAUUCAUUGCCCGGCGGUUGACGCGGAAGCUGUUGCGGAUGGUGGGAUCCAUCCAGGACCGCCAUAAGCACGCGAUGAUGGAGGACAACCUGGCCGAUUGGGACUUCCCCGUCCUCCCAGGCUCGCACCUUCGGCUUUACGACCCCGUACUUGAGUUCGUCAAGUUCGUCUGCGCCGUGCUGGCGCUCGCGAAGGAGUACCAGAUCGAGGUCGGUCUCCUCCGGAGAAGCGUUCUAGAGCUCACGGGCGUUCGCGAGUUCUCGAACGACGCGGUAUUCCGCCAGCCAUGCGAACCCCUGAAGCUGUCGAACGUUCCCUGCAAGCACUGCGACAGCCUUCGCGACUUCGACUUCUGCCGCGAUCCCGAGCUCCUUCCCAGCGGCCUCCGCUCAACGACCAAAUGGCUCUGCGGAAAUUGCGGGGGAGAGUAUGAUCGGACGGCCAUCGAGUUCGCGCUGAUCGACCUUCUCUUCGGUCUCGAGCGGACGUUUGCCCAGCAAGACCUGCGCUGUACGAAGUGCAAGCAGAUCCAAUCCGACAACGUCUCGCGUCAUUGCCAAUGCUCGGGAAGCUACCAGCUGACCAUCAACAAGGCGGACGUCCGUCGCAAGCUGAGGACGAUGGUCAACGUCGCCAUCUUGCACAACUUGCAUCGUCUAAAGGAAUGCGCGCAGACUGCACUCAACGACUGGUAAUGAAUCUGGAGCCGUUUCCUCGUGUUUACAUUCUAUCUAUCUGUCCGCAUUGUUGUCUUUACCAUCCGAGUCUCUGCACGUUGUGAACUUAAGGAUAAACCCAUGUGUAUUGUAUUGAACUCGCAUUUAUCGC